UCCGUUCUCUCCUGGGGCCGACAUCUCUAGUCCUCUUUAGAGGGACGAGGUAUCGCCCCCUAGGGUUUGCAGCUUUCGGCUACCCUUUGUGAUUUCUUCUUCUUCCUGUUUAUCAUCGUCCUCUUGCUAUCGGUUCUUCCAUCCAUUCGAAACCCUAAUCGACCUCUUCAUUGGAAACCCUAAUCUCAUCUUUGUGGACUUUUCCCACUUUCGUCGGAUAGAGCAAUUCGUUUCGCCGAUUGUCUCAUUCCAUUUCUUUUUCGCCGUCUCUCGGUAGGCCUAGUCCUGAGGUGCGGAAAUUUGGAGAAGCCACGCCCUCUCGUUUUUGGCUUUAGUUUGUCGGUCCAACCGAUCCGGAGCUUAGGCUUGCUUCUUCCGGAAGGGGGGAAGCCCUAAUUUGGGAGGGUUGCGUGUAACUUUGGUGUCUCGGAUUUUCUGUUUUUAUUAGUUUCGCCUUCUUCUUCUGGUUUCAAUUUGAGAUUUUGUUUGCAGAAACGAGGAGGUAUUCUCUAUUUUUUUUUUUUUUGGGUGGUGAGGGAGAAUCAAAUACGGAAAAUUUGGUUCCUCAGGUAGGUGAAGCUAGAAAUCUUGGGUGAUAGGAUUGACGGACAUAGCUUUCUCCGCCCAAGAGAUUGGCUGGUUAACUUUGAUUGGCUUAGAGGUUUUUUGUUGAUGCACUGAGAACGUCAUUGUUGCCUGAGAAGCUAUAUUAUUAGACGAUCUAAACAUCAGUUUUCGGGAUUGAUCGAUUGCGAAAACUGCACUUUGGAGGGAUUGAGCUGUAUCUGUUAUUUGUAGUUAAAGGGAUUUCGUUGAACAUUUCUUUCUUUGGACCUCUAGAUACUUAAGACCGGGGUGUACUGCCUACUUGUGUUUCAUAGAACCUAAUUGCUCGAUUUGUCCAGUCGUGGGUUGUAGUUGGGAGCCUGAGGUCUGGUGUAGCUUCCGCUAGAAAUGGUUGGAGGGGCAAGCAGGAGGGACGAUGGGCCCUUGGGGAUAAAUAGCUCGAACGGAUUCGCCGCUCUUGAAAGCCUCCGCAGGAAGAAGAAAUCUGACAAGCAAUCCAAGAGCAAGGGUUCAAAGGGUCAGGCGAAGGAAUCAGAAGCCCAAGUUUUCUGGGCUCCUGCUCCACUAACUGUGAAAUCGUGGGCCGAUGUCGACGACGAUGACGAUUAUUAUGCUACGACUGCUCCACCCCAAUCAGUCUGGGGCUCGUCAGAGCAACAGCAGCAGCCAAAGGAUUCAUCAGACGUUGUUGAGGAAAGUGAAAGUGAAGAUGAUAUGCUGGAUGAAGGUGAUGAUGUUGAUGAUGAUGAACAUGAUAAUGAACAGGAGCCACCUCCACCAGUCGAACCAGAGGCAAGGAAACAGGUUCAAGGUCCUGUAGCACCAAAAGAGACCGAAAGGCAGCUCUCAAAGAAGGAGCUGAAGAAAAAGGAGCUGGCUGAACUUGAUGCUGUUCUGGCUGAGCUAGGCCUUAACAAACCCACUGAGCAGGAUGAAUCACAAGGGAGUGAAGAGAAAAUGCCUGAUGAGCUGAAUGGAACUUCAGAAAGGAAAGAGGCUUGUGUUACAACUGGGGAGAGUAAAAGUGCAAAAAAGAAGAAGGCAAAGAAGGAGAAGUCUAAGGAAGCGAAAGAUGCACAAGACCAGCAAAACGAUGCUGCUGCUCCUGGGUCGGAGGAGGCUCCAGAGGGUGAGCAAGCUGAGGAGGAGGCUUCUCAGGUCGAUGUAAAAGAGCGACUAAAGAAAUUGGCUUCUAUGAAGAAAAAGAAGUCUGGGAAAGAGUUAGACGCUGCUGCAAAAGCGGCUGCAGUGGAGGCUGCUGCCAGGAGUGCAAAGGUUGCCGCUGCAAAGAAGAAGGAGAAGUCUCAUUACAAUCAACAGCCUGUGCGGUAAAGCCCAUUUGUUUUGAUGUGUUGCACGGGCUGGAAUUAGUUCAUUGCUACGUGAGAAAUAAAAACAGCACGCUGUGGCUUCAAAAUGACGACCCUGUUGUUAUUUUCUUCUUCUUAGGUAGAUCACCUUUUUUUUGUCAUCUCAGUCAUGUAUUCCUUGGUUCAUUUGCACAUUGAUUUCUAUAUGACUAUCGGAAUGGUUAAUCUUU